AUGAUUCGAAACGUUAUGGUAACUAUAGAAACAAUGCAAACCCAAGGUCAGCUGUAAUUUGUAAGACAUAAAUAAUAUUAUCCUUCAAGAGAACCCUUUGGAUCCUUACAGAACUGUUUUCAAGAGUAAAAGUAUGAAAAAACAAGACGGAAAAGGUUGGAGGGAACACUCUGAAAGCCCUUAAGGCUCGCUAAACCUAUACCUUUUCGAAAAAAGUGCUGUGCGUAUUAUUGUAGACGUUAAUCCGAUACGUAUUGCAAUUCCUUUUUUGAUACGUAUGUUAUGUACGGCUAAUUUAAAGUCUAUUAAAAUUGAUAAUAAAAUGUUUAAAAAUAAUCAAAGCAUAAUUUAAAAUUUGUGAUGACAAAAUGAAAAUUAAUAGUUUUUUAAAAAUGAUAAGAUAUAUAAACCACACAAAAGUAAAAAAUUAUAUUUCAGACGGAAUACGUUAAACUUUUGCGUCAUUUUGUUGAUGGCAUAGACAUAGCUGAUGACUACAACAACAAGAACAUGUCGCGUUUCAACCUCGGAGAGAUGGUACGAUUUUGUGAACGAGUAAACCUACAGUAUCCUAAUCAUACGAUAACGCAAAAACAUUUAAACGAUCUUCUGAACGCGAAUCAAGUAGCUACAGUCGAGGAUUCUGAAGUUAGAGGAUUCAAAAAAGUUGGAGGUUUAGAUGAAAUCAAAAGAAAACUGAUUCAGAUAUACUUGUGGCCUUCCAAGUAUUCAGAAGUCUACAAACAAAUUGGUGUUAGAGUAGGCAACGCCGCUAUUCUACAUGGUCCUACUGGUUGCGGGAAGACGUUGGUGGCUAGAGCUUUGGCUGAAGAGACUGGAUUUAAUGUGAACUUUGUCAAGGUAAGAUAUCUGGUCAUGUUUAAUAGUAAUUUACCAUUAGAAAUGUAAAGUAAAGUAAGUUAUUUUAGGGCCCAGAACUCUUAUCAAAAUACAUCGGCCAAAGCGAGGAGAAUGUCAGAAAUGUAUUUGAAAAGUAAGUGAAACAAUGUUUGAGCAUUUUCUAAAACAAAGUAACUGGCUCGAUCUUGAAUGUAUUAUUGUAUGACAUUGUUAUUGUAGAGCUCGCCGUUCCAAGCCUUCGCUCAUUGUUUUCGACGAAUUUGACGCUUUGGUACCAAAACGAGGCCAUGAUAACACUGGAGUUACUGACAGAGUCGUCAAUCAGUUCUUGACCGAACUGGAUGGGGUGGAUAGCUCUAUGGAUGGUAAGGCAUAAUUGUGGUAUUUCUACAUUGGGUUUUACUUUAUUUUUUAUACGUUAAAAGUGCCAUUUUACGGCUGAUAUGUGUAUUUGGACGUCACAUCAUUUCAGGAGUAUACGUCAUAGCUACGACGAAUAGGCUGGAUCUGAUUGACGAUGCGCUACUGCGACCAGGAAGAUUCGAUCACAAAAUUCAUGUUCCACAUCCUGAUCGAGUAAGUUUCAUACUAACCCCACUUUUGGUUAAUUCCUUUCUCAUCAGUCUUUAUGGCAAAAAUAGAUUGUACCGUAGUGUUUUACUGUAUUCUAAUACCAGACUGUUACGGUAUUAUAUUGUUAAUAUGGGUUUUCUUAAGGAUUCUCGCCUCUCCAUUCUACAGCAAUUGGCCAAAGAUAUUCAAAUAGAAUCAGAGAAAAUCCUGGAGCAUUAUGCAUCGACGACAGAGUUCUGGUCAGCUGCAGAGCUUCGUGGUCUUAUCGUCAACUCAUCUUUCGAAGCAGCCAGAGUUGGAUCAGACACAGUAAACAAAGAGCAUCUGGAAGAAGCUUACAAUGAAACACUUCAGUCCAAGGCCAGAAACAAGUCUCAGAAGGAGUUCAAGUUUGGAGAAAGAAUAACAUUGGCAUAA